AUGGGCUGUAAUUUUUCAAAACUUGAUAAACUUCCAGCAGUGUCCUUGUGCCGCGACCGCUCUAAAUUCAUAGAUGAAUCACUCCAUCAAAGCUAUGCUCUUGCGGAUGCACACGUGGCACACAUGGAAUCCCUCCGGACACUCGGCCCGGCACUCGUCAGUUUCUUCCAACAACCCGAAGAUUACAGCUGCGAAAUCAAUGCUUCCAUCUCAAAAACAUCAUCUCCUUUGAGUUCGCUUUUUUCUUCUGAUUCAGAUGCUGCACGAGUCCUUCUGCAUUCUGAAUCAGAAACUGAUGAAGCAGAAAGAGAAAGAGAAUCACAAUUAUGCACUCACCAUGACAAUGUAUUAUCGUCGGUUCCAGAUAAUGCGACUUUCAUGAAUUAUGUCAAACCUAUUUAUGAUUCCUAUUCUCCACAGCCUCCGUCUAAUACCACAGCCAUGUUUUCCAGGUUGAAGCCGCCGUCGCCGCCUCCUCCGAGUAACUCUGCUUGGGAUUUCUUAAACUUCUUUGAACCUUAUGAGAAGUAUCAAGUACCUUACUACGACGGUGGUGACGGUUACAAUGACACUAACUUAAGGGUUGAGAAAGAAAAGAGAAAUGUUAAAACUCAGAAAAGUGAGUGUGUUAAAUCCAAAGGCGGAGGAGAUAAAGUAUGUAAGCCAGAAAAUAGAGAAGGGAAACAUAAGAAAAUCAAUUUGAAAGAGGAGAAAAAUUCAUCGGAGUUAGAAGAAUGUAGCGACUUUGUGAAAGUGAUUUGUGAAGCGGUGAAAGAAAUUGAUAUUCUAUUUCAGACAGCAUCGGAUUCGGGGAACAAGAUUUUGGAGAUGUUAGACGUUGGAAAACUCCGUUACCAUUCAAAAACUGAAGUCAGUACAGGUUUGUUGAAGAUUAUGGAUGUGUUUAGUCAGCCAAAUCCAGUGAUGAAUAAAUGCUUGGAGGGUUCAUCGCUUCGACGGAAAACAGAAUCUGAUUGCGAAGGAGUUUGUAAAGACAAGGGUCUUAGCUGUGGAAAUCUUUGCUCCACUUUGAGUAAGCUGUGUCUGUGGGAAAAGAAGCUGUAUCAAGAAGUGAAGGCUGAAGAAAAAAUGCGCACACUUCGUGAGAAGAAGUGCAAGCAGUUAAAAUGUAUGACUAAGAAAAAUGCAGAUGCUCAAAAAAUUGAUUCUGUUGAAGCUUUGAUUGAUAUUUUGGUUAUGAAAAUGAAAAUUUCUUUCCAAGCAGUUGACAAGAUAUCUAUUACGAUCAGUAAGUUGACAGAAGAAGAGCUAUGGCCACAAAUCGACAUGUUUAUUCUCAUGUUUUUCAGAAUGUGGAAAGAUAUGCAAGAAUGUUACAAACUUCAGUAUCAGAAAAUUGUUGAAACAAAAGCUUUAGACCUCUCCAUAUUCAACAGAAAACCUUGCCAUGCUAAUAUUGAAGCAGCACUAAAUCUUAAAUCUGAGUUACAGGAAUGGAUUUUAAGCUUCUUAGAUUGGAUUCAAGCUCAGAAAUCUCUUGUGAAAGCUCUGAAUAAUUGGUUAGUAAGAUGUCUAAUGUAUGAACCUGAAGAAAUAGUUGAUGGUUCAACUCCUUUUGAUGCACCACCUGUGUUUGUGAUAUGUAACAAGUGGUCAAAGGCAAUGGAUAAUAUCUCAGAGAAGAAUGUUAUUGAAGCUGUAAAUGGAUUCAUACUUCGAAUCAAUGAACCAUUGGAAAAGUAUGUUUUGGAGCAUCAGAAUAAUUCAACAUUGGAUAAGGAAUUAGAGAGAAAAGUGAAAAUUGCGGAGAGACAACGGCAAAAGAUGCAGAGAAAAGUGAAAAUUGUGGAGAGACAAGAGCAAAAGAAAAAGAUGGUUACAAUUGCAAAAGCACUUAAAGAAGAGACCAAUGCUAUGUUGAAAGGAGAUGCUGUGAAUAAUAAUGCUGAUAUAGUUGAUUCUACUAGUUUGCAAUCAGGUUUGAAGCAGAUCCUUUUUGCCAUGGAGAAGUUCAGUGCAACAAAUGCUAGCUUAUAUGAAGAACUUUCCCAACAGAUUAAGCAAGAUGAUCAUGUUUUAGGAGAAUCCAACAAAAAUCACUAA